AUGUUUGGAUUUGCCUCGCGUCGUGCUGUUUCUAUGGCUACUCGGAUGGGUGUGCGCAGCAAGCACACCCUCCCUGAGCUUCCAUACUCUUACGGAGCUCUUGAGCCAGCCAUCUCUGGUCAAAUCAUGGAGGUGCACCACGCUAAGCAUCACCAGACAUACGUGAACGCACUCAACACGUUCGAGACUCAAUUGUCCGAGACUCUUGCCAAGGGCGAUAUCAAGGGAGCCAUUGCUCUUCAGCGUAUGGUGACGUUUAACGGUGGUGGUCAUAUCAACCACUCGCUCUUCUGGAAGAACCUUGCGCCAUCGUCGCAGGGCGGUGGUCAGCUCGAUAGUGGUGAGCUGCGUUCGGCUAUUGAGCGCGACUUUGGUGGUGUGGAUGAGAUGAAGCAGAAGUUCAACGCAGCUUUGGCCGGCAUUCAGGGCAGUGGCUGGGGCUGGCUCGGCUACAAUGCGCAGAACGGCAGGCUCGACAUUGUCACUACUGCGAACCAAGACCCUCUUACGACGCACACACCACUAAUUGGUAUUGACGCAUGGGAGCACGCAUUCUACCUCCAGUACAAGAACGACAAGGCCACGUACUUCAAAAACAUUUGGAACGUGAUCAACUUCGAGGAGGCAGAGAAGCGCCUGCUUGCUGCGAAGCAGUAA